AUGUCUCAUUCCCAUUCUCACGAGGGCGGCGCCUCGCACUCCCAUGAUAGCAGUGGCUUCAACGCCCAGGAACAUGGCCACUCACACGAGAUCCUCGACGGCCCCGGCACCUACCUGGGCCGCGAGAUGCCCAUCAUCGAAGGCCGCACCUGGUCAGACCGAGCAUUCACCAUUGGAAUUGGCGGACCCGUCGGUUCCGGCAAGACGGCUCUCAUGCUCGCUCUCUGCCUAGCCCUCCGCUCCAAGUACAACCUCGCCGCUGUGACCAACGACAUCUUCACCCGCGAGGACGCCGAGUUCCUCACCCGCAACCGGGCCCUGCCCCCGAACCGCAUCCGCGCCAUCGAGACGGGCGGCUGCCCCCACGCCGCCGUGCGCGAGGACAUCUCCGCCAACCUGGCUGCCCUCGAGGACCUGCACCGCGAGUUCGGCACCGACCUGCUCCUCAUCGAGUCCGGCGGCGACAACCUCGCCGCCAACUAUAGCCGCGAGCUCGCGGAUUUCAUCAUCUAUGUCAUUGAUGUCAGUGGCGGCGACAAGGUUCCCCGAAAGGGCGGGCCGGGAAUCACCCAGAGCGACUUGCUCGUUGUCAACAAGACCGAUCUCGCUGAGGCUGUGGGAGCUGAUCUGAAGGUCAUGGAGCGGGAUGCGAGAAAGAUGCGUGAGGGUGGCCCGACAGUGUUUGCACAGGUGAAGAAGGGUGUGGGUGUGGACCACAUUGUGAAUCUUAUUACGAGCGCCUGGAAGGCGAGCGGUGCGGAAGAGGAGAGGAAGACCCAGGGAGGGCCCAAGCCCACCGAGGGGAUUGAGAACCUGUGA